AUGCAGACCGUCAAGGGAUCGAAUGACAUGGUAUCGUGGAUGGCAGUCACUUACGUUCAGGUUAACCUUGAUUACAUAACACAAAAGGUAUUUUCCACCACCAUAUCACAACACGAAAACUACUGCCGUAAUCCCGACAAUCAUCCGCUUGGACCGUGGUGUUUCUAUGAAGACGAAGAUAAGAUAAGACGAGCUCCAUGUUUCUAUACAUGUGCAACUGAUAUCAGACGAUUAUGUUUGGCGAAAGCAUUCUUUCCGUACUAUCAGACACCCUAUCCAUUUGACAAUGCUCCUCUGUCACCAGUUGAUCCACGAGUUCUUCGCACAAUCAAGGACUCGGGUCUGAGGAAAAGAAACGCUCAGCUAGGACAAAUUCCCUGUUUAGAUCUAAGCGACAUUCUUGACGUGCCCGAUGUGGUUGGUGCGGUGGAACAUGCCACCCCUCUCUACUCCAUCGCUCUGACCACACGACAUCUCACGCAAGCCAGAUUGGCUGGCAACGCCGUCGUGACUCGGAAAAAAUGUCAUCAGACUGGAAUGCGGACUUUGAUUGCUGGACCUUGGACCUCUAUCAAAGACGAUUCGCUGUUUUUACCGGAAGACAGUGAUCCUGAGCACGUGGGACCCAUAUUGAGAGACUUCCUACGGUCACAAAUGUUAGCCGGAAGGCAAGGUAUUGAUAAACCCUGGCGGCCAUGUUUCAGUGCUUGUGAAGACAACACGUACACCGCUGAACGACGAGGAGAGAGGCAUAGGGCUGCGUUUAAACCUGGAGGUGGUUCUCUGGUUAAAGGGACUAAGUUAUGCUGGCCCAUUUCGACGGAAAAUCAGCUUAACAGUCGACUUUUCUAUUUUGGCAACAAAGUGGUAGAUCGAAGGCAACGUUCGUGUUUGAAAUGGACUGAAGCUAUGUCGGUUCUCUACAGGCAUUACUCCUCUUAUAUAAAAGAAGUUAAAAAGAAGUCAGCAGUGAAACGGAAAGAACUUAAGACUUUCGUCAAGUUCGGGCCGUGCUUCGACCCGUGUAAAUGUAAGAGUGAAACGAUGCAUGAGCCAUUUCAAUCGUAUCGAGAGAUGUGUGAAAAGGAGAAUCACGACUACGAGCCAUGCACGGCCAGUCGCGAUGCGAGGGCUUUGAAUAUUCGCUACUAUGACGAGAAGCUCAAGGCGAUACCGGAAGCUCAUAUUCCUGGCAUUUUCACUCCACUCAUCACUACCGUACUCUCUGGGACGAUGUCCAAAGGAGAAGACGUUAAUAUUUCUUUCAUGGUUCAUCCCUUCGGUUUGGAUUACCAGGGUGAUCUUGGUUUUUUGAAAAAUGCCGCUGACAUUACUAUUCUUAUGUAUUAG